CGCCGCCGAGGACUCAGCUGCCUCCCCCUGGAGCCCCCUCGCUUCCCGACACUCCGUCCCCCCCCCCCCCCCGCCCCCGCCCGCCUUCUCCCGCAGCCACCUUCCGCAGGCCGUUUCCACCGAGGAAAAGGAAUCGUAUCGUAUGUCCGCUAUCCAGAACCUCCACUCUUUCGACCCCUUUGCUGAUGCAAGUAAGGGUGAUGACCUGCUUCCUGCUGGCACUGAGGAUUAUAUCUAUGUAAGAAUUCAACAGAGAAACGGCAGGAGGACCCUUACAACUGUCCAAGGGAUCGCUGAUGAUUACGAUAAAAAGAAACUAGUGAAGGCGUUUAAGAAGAAAUUUGCCUGCAAUGGUACUGUAAUUGAGCAUCCAGAAUACGGAGAAGUAAUUCAGCUACAGGGUGACCAGCGCAAGAACAUAUGCCAGCUCCUGAUAGAGAUUCGACUGGCUAAGGACGAUCAGCUGAAGGUUCAUGGGUUUUAAGUGCUUGUGGCUCUUGGAAGCUUAA